AGUCAGUCACUCAGUCGCAUGUUUACUUGCUCGCGUCAGCAGUGUCCUCGCAGCAGAUCCUUCGCGCGCCUCACCUGCCUGCAGCUGGACCUUCAUCUGACUUUAUCACACCUCCGGGCCUCCUUAUCGGCCUGUCUGCUGGCUGCUGCGCAACGUCUCGCGGCAAUUAGGGCCCGCCUCUUGCAGACUUUGAGCGGGGGGCACAUCGUGUUCCGUCUUUUCUCCCUUCAGCUAUAACGGGAAGAUGACGUUAAAAUCCAAUAAAAACGAACCCGCUGUCGUGCUGGAGCCCGUCAGCAGCGUGCGGACCGCUCUGUCCGACCUGUACCUGGAGCAUCUCCUUCAAAGCAAGCCCAAGACUGACAAGGCUGCAAUGCAAACCUGUGAGAAUAAGGGGGCUGAUGUUUACACCAACGGGAGUGCUGGACACGUGAAUGGCACCGAUCUGACCAGGAUGAAGGAAGUAGAAUUUGACAAGAAUCCUUCAGAGCCAAUGGGAGUCACUCUGAAGCUCAAUGCCAAUCAAAGAUGCACUGUGGCCAGAAUAUUGCACGGGGGUUUGAUCCACAGACAAGGGUCCUUAAAUGAAGGAGACGAAAUAGCAGAAAUCAAUGGGAAAAGUGUGACAAACCAAACUGUAGAUCAGCUACAAAAGAUUCUGAAAGAAACCAGUGGAGUGGUCACAAUGAAGAUCGUUCCCAACCUGCCAAAUCGAUCCCGAGCCUGUGAGAUGUACAUGAGGGCCCAGUUUGACUAUGACCCCUCCAAGGAUGACCUCAUCCCGUGCAAAGAGGCAGGUCUUAAGUUCCAAACUGGGGACAUCAUUCAGAUUAUCAACAAGCAGGAUCCAAACUGGUGGCAGGGCAGAGUGGAGAGCGGCGUUACUGAAUUCGCUGGACUGAUUCCCUCCCCGGAGCUGCAGGAAUGGAGGGUGGCGAGUAAAAGCAAGACCAGAGAGGGCGGUCAGUCCUGCAGCCCAUUUGGAAAGAAAAAGAAGUGUAAAGACAAGUACCUGGCUAAACACAGCUCGAUUUUCGAUCAGCUGGACGUGAUUUCUUAUGAGGAGGUUGUUCGGCUCCCUGCUUUCAAAAGGAAAACGUUGGUGCUUAUCGGUGCACCCGGCGUAGGAAGAAGCCAUAUCAAAAGUGCACUAUUGACCAAAUACCCUGAUAAGUUCUCCUACCCUGCACCUCACACCAGCAGACCCCAACGGAAGGAGGAGGAGAAUGGACAGGAAUAUUAUUUCAUCUCCAACGAAGCCAUGACCAAGUGCAUCUCUGGAAAUGAGCUGCUGGAGUAUGGCAGCUUCCAGGGAUAUAUGUUCGGCACCAAAACUGAGACCAUCCACAACAUCCACAAGCAGGAAAAAAUUGCUUUGCUGGAUAUUGAACCACAGACCUUGAAAGUCUUGCGGACUGCUGACUUUGCACCUCUCGUGGUGUUCAUCGCUCCGACCAACACAGCUGCCCAGGUGCUAAAUCUUUAUCUGAAUAAACUCCAGGGCUUUGUAACGCCAAAUUUGAUCAUCCCGUCACGGCUUAACCCUCUGCCUCUUGUCUCCCAGACGGAAAACCUGCAGAUGAUCCAGAAAGAGUCGGACGCCAUUUUGACCACGUACAGACACAUUUUUGAUGUGGUCCUUGUCAACAACGACGUGAACGAGAGCGUGCGAGGUGUGGAGGAGGCCAUGGAGCGAGCCACCUCUACCCCACAGUGGGUGCCUGUGUCAUGGGUGUACUGACAGACGUCUGGCACCGGUAUAAUACCUUUCUGUUUGUUAUAAAGGCAAUGCAAUAUCACUCCUUACACAAGAACCACUCAGUGAUGCCCCCCCUGUGAAUGGGCUUAUUUCUGGUUCAUGUCAAUUGUCACUGAGAUUUUUUUUGCACAAAUGCAUCCCAAAAAGAAAAAGCAAUAUGUUUCUUUUAGAAAGUUGAGAACCCCUCCAGGGAUGUUUGGUUAGUUGUUUUACGACAUUUGUACUUUGGGAUUUUGAGUGGCUUAUGGAUAGUUUUGGUGCCGAACGCCUUUGUGAUUGAUGGAAAGUGAGCAAAUACAAAAUAGGACCAUAACUGUGAAUGGAAUCCUUUUUAGAUGACAGGAUUUUACCAUGUAAAUCAUUAUUUCUGAAUGUUUUUUUCCUUGUUCUCAUCAGAUUGUGCCAUGAAAUUGAUAUUAUGAAACUGUUUGUUCAUACAGUGAGUGAAACUCUACACAAUGAUGUCUUCUAAUCCAAACCUUUCAGUCAGUCAUCGACACUUUUAUCUCGUCCAAAUUGUGUAUCUCAUGGAGUACUGUAAAGGCACUUUUAAGCAAAAAAUAAAAUACCCAGGUCUAUUGCAA